UUCGGCCAUUGAACUCUGUGAGGUCAAAAUUGAAGCUACUAGUUUUCUUAUCUCGGUUUCAACGACUCCCCUCCCGCCUAUUCAAGGAUCUAGCAUGUCUCUAAGGCAUCUGAUGUUCUUCUCACCUAUGGAUGAUAGCAAGCUGUAUCUUGCGAGUAGCUAUCUGGAUUUCGGAGAUUACGCAGCUGCUCCGAAAUCAGAACUGUUUAUCCAUUCUCUCGCCCGUUCAUCCGCCGACGAAAGUCGCA